AUGAAAGAGAAAUCCAAAAAUGCUGCCCGAACUAGGCGGGAGAAAGAAAACAGCGAAUUCUACGAACUGGCCAAGCUUCUGCCUUUGCCUUCAGCUAUCACCUCGCAACUGGACAAGGCCUCCAUCAUUCGCCUCACUACCAGCUACUUAAAAAUGAGGGUGGUCUUCCCGGAAGGACUCGGGGAGGCCUGGGGCCACACAAGUCGAACCAGCACUCUGGACAACGUCGGUCGCGAGUUGGGGUCUCACCUGCUUCAGACUUUGGACGGUUUCAUUUUCGUGGUAGCUCCUGAUGGCAAGAUCAUGUAUAUCUCGGAGACCGCCUCAGUGCACUUGGGUUUAUCGCAGGUAGAGCUGACCGGCAACAGCAUUUACGAAUACAUCCACCCGGCUGAUCACGACGAGAUGACCGCCGUCCUCACCGCCCAUCAGCCCUACCAUUCCCACUUCGUUCAGGAGUAUGAGAUCGAGCGCUCCUUUUUCCUCCGGAUGAAAUGCGUCUUGGCCAAGAGGAACGCGGGCCUCACCUGUGGAGGCUACAAGGUGAUUCAUUGCAGUGGUUACCUAAAGAUCCGCCAGUACAGCUUGGACAUGUCCCCUUUUGAUGGUUGCUACCAAAAUGUUGGACUGGUAGCAGUGGGUCACUCCUUACCCCCCAGUGCUGUGACGGAGAUUAAGCUGCACAGCAAUAUGUUUAUGUUUCGGGCCAGCCUAGAUAUGAAGCUCAUCUUCCUUGAUUCACGGGUAGCUGAGCUGACUGGUUAUGAACCUCAGGACUUGAUUGAGAAGACACUGUACCAUCAUGUCCACGGCUGUGACACUUUCCAUUUGCGCUGCGCUCACCACCUGCUGCUAGUGAAAGGGCAAGUCACCACUAAAUAUUACCGUUUCCUGGCCAAACAAGGUGGCUGGGUCUGGGUGCAGAGCUACGCCACCAUCGUUCACAACAGCCGGUCUUCCCGGCCCCAUUGCAUCGUCAGCGUCAACUAUGUGCUCACGGAUACAGAAUACAAAGGACUUCAACUCUCCCUCGAUCAGGUUUCGGCUACAAAACCAGCCUACUCAUAUGCAAACUCAAUUCCAACUAUAACUGACAACAGAAAAGGAAGCAAAUCACGUCUCUCUGGCACAAAGUCCAAAUCUAGGACAUCACCUUAUCCACAGUAUUCUGGGUUUCAUACAGAAAGAUCUGAAUCUGAUCAUGAAAGCCAGUGGGGUGGAAGUCCACUGACUGACACUGCAUCUCCACAAUUAAUGGAUCCCACUGAAAGACCAAACUCUCAGCAUCAUGAUGUUUCCUGUGCCUAUAGACAAUAUUCGGAUCGUGGUACCCUCUGCUAUGGUUUUGCAGUUGACCAUUCUAGGUUAGCUGAUGAUAGACACUUCCAUACUCAAGCCUGUGAAGGGGGCAGGUGUGAGGCUGGUCGGUACUUUCUUGGCACGCCACAGCCUGGAAGGGAAGCAUGGUGGGGUUCUCGAUCUGGCCUUCCACUAACCAAAUCUUCUCCUGAGAGCCGAGAAGCCUAUGAAAGCAACAUGCCACACAUAACAUCCAUUCACAGGAUUCAUGGAAGAGGGCACUGGGAUGAAGAAAGUGUGGUUAGUUCCCCAGAUCCUGGUUCGGCUAGUGAGUCAGGGGACCGAUACCACUCUGAGCAGUAUCAGGGCAGCCCACAUGAGCCCAGCAAAAUCGAAACUCUAAUUAGAGCAACUCAGCAAAUGAUUAAAGAAGAAGAGAAUAGGCUACAGCAGCGGAAAUCCACCCCUGAUCAGCUGGUUUCCAUGAACGGAGCUGGGAAAAAGCACACGGUUUGUUUUACAAACUACCAUCAGCAGCAACAGCUGAGAGAGGCCUGCCGAGUCCCCAGCAUCACCACUACACCUCCUUGUGAACACACACAGCAACAACGGGAUGGGAAACUGAUGAGCCCCCAGGAGAAUGACUAUGACAACAGCCCCACAACGCUAUCUAGAAUAAACAGCCCUGGGUCUGAUCGAAUGUCUAAAUCAGGCUUGCUCUUGGCUAAAGACUAUUUUCAUUCCGACGUGUCCCCCCAUCAGACUCCAGGGGACCAUCAGCCCACAAGCUCUCCCAAUUAUUAUACUUCCCAUAGGCAAUACUUUGAUAAGCAUGCCUACACCUUAACAGGAUUUGCUCUGGAGCACCUUUAUGACAGUGAAACGAUUAGGAACUAUUCUUUGGGUUGCAAUGGAUCACACUUUGAUGUGACUUCUCACCUACGGAUGCAGCAAGAUCCAGCCCAGGGACACAAGGGGACAUCUGUUAUAAUAACCAAUGGGAGCUGA